AUGUUGCUUUCUUUUGCACGUAGUGGAGCCGCCAUUUGUGAUUGUAGGAGUUUCGUUAAACUUGAAGAAAAUGAAGCCAUUAGACCUAAGAACAGCGAAUUUAAUGCAAUUAUAGGAAACAAAUACAGUUUAACAGAAUUUGUACUUAUGGAAAUGAACAUUCUUACAUUUUUUGAAUGGGACAUUUCAUAUCCAACAGCUGCUCAUUUUGCUGAAUAUUAUGCUAUCUAUGCACUUAGUCCUUCAGAUUCUCAUAAUGAUGGGCUGUUACCAAGUUUUGAAUAUGUGCAGCAGUAUGUGAAAAAAUAUAUUGAUUAUUUCUUGGAUGUAAUUAUUUUAGAUUAUGCUUUUCAUAAAUUCAAUCCGUCCCUUGUUGCUGCAUCGUGCAUUGCCUGUACAAGAAAAUGCUUACUGUUGACACCUGCGUGGCCUUUGCUUUUACAGACUGUUACUAAUUAUAAGUAUACAGAGCUGAAGAGUUGCAUGGAUCUCUUGUUGAGGGCUCUUGAUGCUGAUGUGUUUUCAAAUAAACAAAAAGAAAGUAAAUGAGCAAAUCAUCAGUGAAUCAUUUUGUGUAAGAGUAAUUUAAUGUUUAAGUAAUCUUAGAUUUUUAAUUAGUUGAAUAUUUUCAACUAAUUAAAAAUAUUAGAUUACUUUUGAAAGUGCCUAAGAAAAUGAUCUUGAAAUGUUGUAAAUAAUAAUAAUAAUUCUGUGAUAUUAUGUGUUAAAAUUUGUGAUGUGCAAAGAACUAAGCUAAUCAUCAUAAGUUGCUUCCUCUCCAAGGUACAGGAAUUUCAUUUUCACUAUUGUGCCAAAUCUGCACAUUUUAUUGUCAUGUGCUUGUCAUAUCCUUUAUUUUCCAAAUAUUAUAUACCUCAGUUUUAAAAGUUCCUAUAUUUAUGAUAAAAUAUUUAUGUCUGAUACUCUUUUUAUGCACAAGUCAAUGGUAUAUAAUAAAGAUUAAAUAUUUUAAAAUUUCUGUCCAGUACUUUGUACAUAAAACUGUGAACAUGUUUGAAAACUAUUUUAUAAAAUACGGUUGGCUAAUACUUUGCCUGACUAAUAUAAAUUUUUUGGUUUGUGCACAGAAGCCUAGUCUAUUUUGUAAACUAUGCUCAAGAUAUAUUUUGUUCCAAAAAAAUAUAUAUUUUUGCAUAAAGUGUACUUAAAAUACGCUUUUUUUGAUUAAGAUAGUUUGAAUUUGUUAUCAUUGAAUCUCAAGAAUUGUAACUUGAUCUAGUAUCUGCUUUUGAAGUAUUACAUUAAAGCAUUUAUUUUAUUAUAAAUUUUUUACUUUUGUGUAAGUAUGAAGUAUAUAAGUAGCAAGAUUUAUUUUUUAUAGUUUAUUAUUACUUUUUAUAUUUGAUUCCAGUUUCCUGAAGUUAAGCACAUUCCCUAAAUUAAAUUUAGGUGAUAUUUUUUAUAGACAAGUUUUUUUUAAACAUUUCAUUUAUAAUUAAAUUUUUUAAUGUUAUUUAUUUUAUUCUUUCCAUUUGUUAUUUAAAUCAAGGGGACCAAAUCUUUCUGUAUUAUAAUAAUCAGCUCUGAUUUAAAUUCAGUGUCUUUAAUUUUAAGUGCAUGUGAUAAAAGGCUGUUUUCAAGCCUUUUUUUUUUUUUUUUUUUAAAUUUAGCAUAACUCUAAAUAAUGAUCAGAUAAAUACUGAAUUGCAUUACUUUCCUCCAAUCGUGUAUGCAUGUUAGUUGUUGGCCACAGAAUUGCUUAAGGAUAUUUUUAAAACUUUCUUCAUUUAUUCAGCUUCCUAUAUGGGAAUCUGUAUGGCAUUAUGACUGUUUUGGCAUGAUAUUUUUAUGAAAUCAAUAUUAAAAAAACUGAGAAAAUACUUUUUUCAAAUGUUCAGAAUCAUAAAUGUUACAGUAUUUGUUGUGAUUAUAUGACUUUUCUAUGGUAAUUAGUAUUUUCAGCUGUUGAAAUAUUUUAACAAACGGCAAUCUAGGAAUUGAACUUUUCAUGUUCAUUAUUAAUGAUUCAGGUAUGUGCUUAGUCUAUAAAUUAAAUAGUCAUUGAUACUGAUAGUACAAAUACAUUUUAAUAUGAGAUGAUGGGGAUAAUUUUCUUCAUUGUUUGUUCUCAAGCUGAGCAUUUUUUGAAUUAUUCAUUUUGAAAUUUAAUUAGAAAUUAUCAGUCGUGUGAUGAGCAGAAAUGCAUUUUAUGAAUGGAAAUUAUUUUUGUUAUUUCUACUUACAAGACACAUUUAUGUGUUAUCUGCACUAAAGCAAACAUUCCAUUUAGUUGCACUACUGUGAUUGCUGUAUAUUUAAUGUUAAGUAGAUAUGGUUAUAUCAACAGAAUCAUAAAUCGUUCAUUGCUGUAGUAUAUUUAUAUGUUUGUUUACAUAUUAUGUAUAAGAAAAGAGUAUGUGAUAUUGGAAUUAAUCUUUUCCAUGCAUCUAAUGAGAUUUGUUGAAUAAAAUUUAUAUUCAAAAUGUG